AUGGCUUCAACUACUCAGCUCAAACUCAACACUGGCGCCACUAUUCCCGCACUUGGUUUUGGCACAUGGCAGGACAAGGAUGCGCAAGAGGAUGCCGUCUUGACGGCUCUCAAAGUCGGAUACCGUCACAUCGACACUGCACGAAUUUAUGGCACUGAGCCUGCCGUUGGCGAAGGCAUCAAGAAAUCUGGCGUGCCGCGAGAACAGAUCUUCCUCACUACUAAGCUUUGGAACAACUCACACAAGCCCGAGGACGUCGAGAAGGCGCUCGACGCCAGCUUGAAAGAUCUCGGCACCGAGUAUGUGGACCUGUACCUCAUGCACUGGCCCUCGCCAUUCAAGUCAGGUGACAACUUCAUGCCCAAGGACGAAAACGACAAGAUGAUCGUUGGCGACUCGGACUACGUCGACACAUACAAGGCCAUGGAGGAGCUCCAGAAGAAGGGCAAGGCGCGCGCCAUUGGUAUCUCCAACUUCUCCAAGGCCGAGUUGGAGCGAUUGCUCAAAGAGACUAGCAUUGUCCCUGCCGCACAUCAAAUCGAGCUGCACCCGUGGCUGCAACAGGCCAGCUUCGAUGCCUUCCACAAGGAGAAGGGCAUUCACAUCACCCAAUACUCGCCUUUCGGCAACCAAAAUGAGAUCUACUCGAGUGGCAAGAACCACGGUAAAUUGAUGGAGGACGAGACCCUGGUGGAGAUUGGCAAGAAGUACAACAAGAGCGGCGCUCAAGUUGCUCUCGCCUGGGGCAUCGCACACGGUCGCAGUGUCAUCCCGAAGAGCAAGACCGAGAGCCGCAUCAAAGCCAACCUGGAGGGCGACUUCAAACUCGAGGCCGCCGACGUCGAGAAGAUCGACAAGAUCGACAAGAAGUUGCGCUUCAACGACCCGUCAGGAAGCUUCGGCUGGGACUUCUACACUGACCUCGACGGAAAGCAGAAAUAG